GAUGGAGAGAAAGUCAUCGUCUUGUAGGCGCCGGCGAAAUUCCAUCGGUUGCGUGCCUGCCAUUUUCAGCUUCUUUUCCAAACACAACAAGCGCUCAAAAUUUAUCAGCUGUGGGAAAGAGAAGCGAGAGGAGGCGGCCCACGACGAAGAGAGGCUAAAAGAUGCAAAGCUUGUAAUUAGGAGUCCAACGCUUCCGGUAGAGAUUCGGCGAUCGUUGUCGGUUGAGGUGGGGAACCAUCGUCAUGCAUUAGUGGCGAGGUUGAUGGGAGCAGAUAAAUUUCCUCCGAGGUUGAUGGGAGUUGGAGCAGUGGAGAAGUGCGAUGAGGAUUUGAAGGCUCUUCAAAGGAUUAAUGAAGUUGUGAAGACGAGCAUCAGCGUCGGACUUGGGGACAGCAAUGAGCUCAGACGAAGACGAAGCCUACAACAGAAGCACCAACUGAUUAAGAAGAAGGCAGAGGAAGAGAAAAUUGCUCCCACUGCCACUGCCACCACCGGGGCAGGUGGCUUCCUCCACAGAUUUACAACGGAACACGUUGCUUAUACGAAAAGCAAUAACAACGAUGAGGAAAAUGAUUCAGUUUCUGGCGUACGAAGAAGAAACGCAUUAACCAAAGCCAAAUGCAUGAUCCAGAGUGUGCAUGAAGUGUGCAAGGAUAUUGCAUGGGGUGAACGGCGGGAGAUUGGCAUAAUAGGGUUGGCGUUGCAACACCAUAUUUGCAGAGAUUUGAUUCAUGAGCUUGUUAAAGAAAUUGCUUGCUACUCCAACUAA